ACUACACAUCUCACCUGGACGUUUUUUUUGUUUCCGCAAUUCACCUGUUACUGUACUACGAGGAAAACUUUUCUUUAAAUGUCAUGAUAUUGACGUCACCAGGAAUGCGGGACCGAGAAGAAUUGACCUGGAUACUGGAACAGCUACAAGCGACAAAAUGUCCAUUCUAUUCUGUUGCUGUCCCUUUCUCGCUCCUUCUGAGAACAACAAUGAGAGGCAGGCCCUGCUUCAGCCCAUCACUACAGAAAUCAGAAAUCAAGAAGAUGUCAAACCAGAGUCAGCUCGACAGAUUCGGCCAGCACACUGCGACACACAAACCCAGAGUCAGAGCGGUAGGUUGGCGCUACGGCGGGUGUGUGUUCCGGAGCUGGACCAGAGAUUCUCUGACGCUGCGGAGAUCUUUAACGAGCAACAGGAGCGCUUUGAGGUCAUGACUCAACACAUCAUCAAACUGCGACAGGCCUUUGGCUGUAACCAUGACAACUCCCUGUCUCUGACAGAAUGUGUGAAGAGGAUCAGAGAAGAAAAUGACAGAUACAGGAUUACUGUACAAAUAAAGGGGUAUGACUUCUCCCUCACUGUGGUUCCUUUGAGUUCAGAGACUGACCCAGAGUUGUCACUGCCUCCUCGUCUGCGAUUGGCUCAGGAGGUGCUGAAGGGGGUAUCCCAAGGUGCCAAAGCAACAGUGGCUUCUGGAACCAAACUUCAGGAGCUGACUGGCUGGCUGCUGCGUAGUGAGGACCGAUUGGCGGAGCAGGUGAGGCAGGCAGCACCGACCUAUCAGGAGCAGUGUCGUCUGGAAGAGAACCUGAAGGAGACCAUGCAAGAAGUGAGGAGGGCAAAAGAGCUGUCGCUAGGAUACAGAAAACAGGCUGGAGAGGUCCUUUCUGAGGCCGCUCAGAUAGCAGGGGUGUGAAACAUAGAUUAAAAAACUGCAAAUUUUUUGAUGAAUAGCACAGCUGGCACACUGAGUCACAGGUGACACAGGUUUUUACUUUACUACAUUUUAUUUUUAUUUUUAUACUAUUUUACCUUUUUGUCACUUUUCUAUUCAUUAGAAAUUAAGAACAGUGUUGUUUUUUUGUUAACCUUUUAAGAUAAUUAAGUAUGCAGCCCCCUUCCUGUUCAGGAAACCUACUGCAUGUGAAGCUGCUGAUUUGUCUCUACAUGAGUUGAAGGAUUAACGUCUGAGUAAUAAAGGUUAAUUCCGCUCCA